UCGGGAUUUAUCAUCGCGACGCAAAUUCCUCCACGAAGCUCCUGCCCUCUGUUUCUUUCAAAUACCAAACUUUGUCCAAAUCUCGGAGGCUUGUGUCCAGGGCAUUCCAUCACAGCCAAUCUUUGAAAUCACAGAUUCACUUUUGUUUCACUUGCCCGCUUUCUGUCCCUCUCCGGUGCAUAUAUCAUGCUUGCCGCUUCCACGCUGCGAAGAACACUGCUUACGAGCGCGCGCUUUCGCACAGCUACGAUUGAAACCGUAAUCACAGGCUCAGCAUCAACAACAACCUCCCUAAAUCUAAACCUAUACCGACCACUGCUUACACCUCGGUUCUUCUCGAAUACCAGCAAAAUGGGCAAAGAGGGCGUGCACAACUUGGCCAAGAAGGCUGAAUUCGAUGAGGCUCUGAAAACAAAAGACCAACUCAUCGUGCUCGACUGUUUCGCCACCUGGUGCGGACCUUGCAAAGUCAUUGCUCCGCAGGUCGUUAAAUUCUCCGACGUCUACCCGACCGCUAAGUUCUACAAACUCGACGUCGACGAAGUCCCUGACGUCGCCCAGGAACUCGGUAUCCGCGCCAUGCCCACCUUCCUACUCUUCAAGAAUGGAGAGAAGGUAGCCGAAGUCGUAGGCGCGAAUCCAAAGGCGUUGGAGGCAGCCAUCAAGGACAACAUGCCCAAGGGAGAGGCGUCGGCAUAGGCUCGGACCCAAGCGCAUUCAGACGACACGAAUUAAUGGACGGAAUAGCUUCCCGGGCACUUUCUAGGAAUUCAGAAGGGUGGCUGAUGCACUGGCGGGGACACGGAUAGAUUGG